AGCCUGUACACUGGGCAGCAGAGCCCUCUCUCAGCCUGAUGAAAUCUGUUUCCUGCUGCGCAAGCCGAGCCACCCGGAGCCUCUGAAUCACAUGAUAUAACUACGCUGCUAGCGAGCUAACAUGUUAGCUUUGGUUUUCAGAGCCGCUGUCAACAACCCCAAAAGGACGGAGUAGCAAACAAAGAAGAGGGUGCAAACUCGUGAAGUCUCUGGCAAGGACUUCUUUCCUACUCAUUGUCUUCAAGAUAUUGAGUCAUUGAACUCUGUCAAAUCAGUCACAGAGGUUUGGCAUCCUCAAGGCUCACCAGGCAAGCAAGUCCUGCAUCAGCGCCGGCAUACUGACAGACUGAGGUUGUGGACUCACAUGGGCAAGAUGGAUAUAUACAAGAAAUAAGACGUCAACUUCAGAGGUACACGUUGGUUUCGUAAUGACAAGCUGCUGUGCAGAAGAUGUCCACGCUGUCUGUGACUGAUAUUCCAGAUGUUGGUCAUGAUGAGAGUAAGGUGUUUGACGGGGCCUCUGAGCUGCAGCUGGACUGCAUGGUUGAGGAAGGCAGUGGAAGCACCGCAAUGAAGCACGACGGCCUGCUGUCGCUGGCUGACCUCUCCAGGCCAGAUGACUUCCCCACCCCCCAACACAACGGCUCAUCCCUGACCGACAUAAGCAGCCCUCUGCCGGUGGAGCUGAGCGACAUCAAGCUGGAUCCUGGAUCUGCAGGGGACACAUCGGCCAGCAUAGAUGGCCAUCCAGUGAAGAGGAAGAAGGGGCCUGCGCCGAAGAUGCUGGGCAAUGAAGUUUGCAGCGUCUGCGGUGACAAGGCCUCUGGCUUCCAUUACAAUGUCCUGAGCUGCGAGGGCUGCAAGGGCUUCUUUCGACGCAGCGUCAUCAAGAGCGCCCAGUAUAACUGCAAGAACAACGGCCGCUGUGAAAUGGACAUGUACAUGCGGCGCAAGUGCCAGCAGUGCCGCCUGCGCAAGUGUCGGGAGGCGGGCAUGCUGGAGCAGUGCGUACUCUCUGAGGAACAAAUCCGACUGAAGAAGAUGAAAAAGCAGCAUGAGGAUGUGACGGCCCGCAGCUCCACAGUGGUCACCCCUACCCUUCCACUGGAAACCGCUGCCCUGGACCCCCAGCAGCAGGAGAUGAUCGAGAAGCUGGUGUCCAUGCAGAAGCAAUGCAACAAGAGGUCUUUCCUGGAACGACCCAAAGUGACACCGUGGCCUCAGAGUCAGGACCCGCAGAACAGAGAAGUGCGUCAGCAGCGCUUCGCCCACUUCACUGAGCUCGCAAUCAUGUCAGUGCAGGAGAUUGUAGAUUUCGCUAAGCAGCUUCCUGGUUUCCUGGAGCUCACCAGGGAGGACCAGAUUGCUCUGUUAAAGACGUCAACCAUCGAGAUUAUGCUGCUCGAGACUUCUCGACGGUACAACCCUGCUAUCGACAGCAUCACGUUUCUGAAGGAUUUCAGCUAUAAUAAAGAGGAUUUUGCCAAAGCAGGUCUUCAGUUUGAGUUCAUUAAUCCCAUCUUUGAGUUCUCAAAGGGAAUGAAUGACCUUCAGCUGGAUGAGGCCGAGUACGCCCUGCUCAUCGCAAUCAACAUCUUUUCUGCAGAUCGGCCCAAUGUGCAGGAUCAUGAACUGGUGGAGAGGCUACAGCAACCCUACGUGGACGCACUGCGCUCUUACAUCAUGAUAAAGAGACCAAAUGAUCAUUUGAUGUUUCCUCGCAUGCUGAUGAAGUUGGUGAGCCUUCGUACAUUAAGCAGUGUCCACUCAGAGCAGGUGUUCGCCCUCCGUCUCCAGGACAAGAAGCUUCCACCGCUGCUUUCUGAAAUUUGGGACGUCAAUGAGUGACGGCAGACCGGAUAUCACACUCUGUGAAGUCUGAGACAGACGUUGCAUCGCGCAGGACAAAUGACUCCUUUCUGCCGCCAUCUGGUCAGGGAUUGGUUAUUGCAGCGAGAUUUCUUUUUCUCAUGUGGGAGGAGAGCAUCAUUGCCCUUUUGCUCGCAAACAGACUGAUACAUGGUUUUGUGUUCAAAUGGAGAAACAUGAAACCCCUAGUUGUCUUUGAACCUUUUGAUCUUAAUUUUGUGCAGAUGCUGACAUGAUUAUGGCGAUAUUAAAUACCAGCAUCAGGCUCUUUAGCCAGUUUUCUCUGAUUUAUUAUUUGUCAAUUUCUAGUGCAGUUUCUAUACUCCCUCUAACAAUUAUAAUCUGAGCAGGUCUUGGCGGUGGCUUCCUCAAACAUCAGGAUUAAAUCUGCACAUUAAGGUUGAAAUAGUUUAUUUUGCAGUCGUGCAAUAGGUGGAAAUGGACACGGAGUGAAGCACGAGCAGACACAUAUGUGCUUAUCGAUGUUAGAGUGAAAAGGUAGGUUGGUAUUGUGAAUUGGCAAUAGUGUGUUAGGUGGUGUCCUUUUUGGAGUAAGUGCAGCAAUGAAAAGGUGGGUGUAGUUGCUCAGGUAAAGUAAUGUGAAGUAGACCUCUGGGAAUUAGAGGUUUCCUUAAUUUCCAUUCGGUUACUUGAGAUGUUUUUUUCAUAAGGGACCCUUUGGGUCAUUUGUAGAUGCCCAUUAACUUCAUGUAAAUUGUAUAUUUAUUUUCACAUAAAUAAUGUAUAGAGUGCACACAUAGACUGUACAAUCAUGAACUAACGCACACGAAUGCAGACUGUGCCCUCAUUAACAAGACACGGUGGUGUUGAGUACAUCAUUUAUCACACACAGCACUGGUACCUUGCAAUGAGUGGUACUAAUGUGUCUUUAUUUAACAUGUAAAGAUUAAACAUUGGUUAAAAAAGGAAGUCCAGCUACCAUCUCUGAACUGACUUCCAAAUUAAUCAAAAUGAAUACUGACAUUGAAGUUGUAUAAGUGAAUUUAAUUUAGAAAGUUUUGCCCCAAUUAUCUAUUUUAUGUUAUAUUUUAGUUGUAUCACUAACAAUUAAAGGUGUGAGAAAAGAAUAAGCAACGUUCAAGUAGACAGGACAUAGAACAUUUGACAGCCUUUUAUUUUUGAUAAUUUACAACACUGAGGGAAAAAAUGUAUAGCUGAAAUAAUAUCAGGUAGAAAACUAUCUCGAUCUAAAGAUAUACCAUGCUCUUGAGUAUCUUCCUUAAAAAAAAAAGACUCAACACCAACAGCUUUAACUGUCAGAUUAUUCGAUGAGCCUCACUGAGAAAAAUAUACCAAAACAUCUGUAAACUGGGAGCAGUGGACUAGAGGAAAUGAGUAGUAAAUUAACAUUUAUAUCUGUUUAUACUCAUGCAUUCUCCUAAGAAGUGUAAACUUGAAAUGCAUAAUGGUUGAUAAAGAAAUGUCAAUGCAAAUUCAUAACUGUGAAAUGUAUUUUCUCUUUAAACAAGGGGGCUGAAAAUGGGAUAACAUAAUGCCACUGUAGAUAGUUUUCAAAGUGACAAUUUAUUGGAAGCCUGUGUAGCCAUUUCCAGUUAUCACCAUUGGACUUAAUAGCAAACGGCUUAAACAAUUCAAGCUUUCUCAAGGUGCCAGUUAAGUUUGGACAUUAAUGUAUUGUAUCUCCUUUGUUUUUUUUUCAGGUAAAAUUUAUUUUAGUUUUUAACUCAAAACACUUCUUUUAGAAGCUAACCUAUUCGCUGAAAUGGAUUAAAAUACAAAUGCACACAACUCACUUUACCACAGGUGAUGUCUUUUUCAAUAAAUAAUAUAAAUAUAUAAAAACAGGCAUAGCUAGUUAUGAUUUGGAUAAAAUACGUGUAAUUUCUAUAUCCACCAACAUGUCUAUUGCUUAUUUUUCUUUAAAUUAACGACCUGUUGUGAAGCUCCAACAGCGACAGAUUAUGUUUAUUUUUCUUUUCUUUCAACAUUUUUGACGCAUGUAGGAAGGAUCUUAAUGAAAAUGAAUACUGCAGUUCACACUAAUUUAAUUAGAAAUGGUUAUAGCAUAAGAUGUCUGUUUAGGUUUUGUUUGCUAUUUGAUUAUCCAUGAAGUAUAGAAUUGAUUUUUGGAUCAAAUUAUCAGACGGCUAUUUGGAGCAGUAGAUCAUUGCUUACUGCCUCUGCCUCUCUACUCUAAGCAGACCUGUCCAAUGCAGUGAGCCCCACCUAUUGGUGGCUUGUUGAAUGAACAAAAACAAGUGUAUUCUCCUUCCACAUUCUUUUUUGCAAUAACAGUGGUAUGUUCUCCAACAUGCAGCAUCUUCACAGGAACAAAAGUAGCCCGAGUGUUUUCCUUCCUCUCCCUCUACAGUUGCUUAGAAAAACACCUUACAGAGGCUACUGCUGAGCAUUUGUUUUUCUGCUACAGGAAGCCGGUGCUGUCGAGUUACAACAUGCAGCAUAAGCAUCAUUCCCAUCUAUUGUAUUGCAUUGCUAAUUAAAUUCAAAGGUUGCCUGUUGUUUCCAUUCAUCAGUACAAGAUAAAGCGAGAAGUGGCCUGGCUUUUUCUGACCACGUAUUGUAUCAAGCUUUUGGACUUUCCCCUCAAAAUUUGAUUUACUUUUUAUAUUUUCUCUAAAAGUGAUUUUCUUACGUUCUCCUAACCCUUUGGUAUUAAUGGUUUUCUUUUUGACAGGACGAUCAAUAUUAAAGAAGCAGAUUCAUGUGAGUGUGCUGCAUUUCAAACCCCUCAUCAAGGAUUUAUUUCUGUUAGUUUUGGGUCCUAUUUUGAAAUUAAGGUGUGCUUUUAGUUUGCUGUGUGCAGAGUAUGACUUGCCAAACGAAUCCAUUAAGUUUGGUUAAAAGUCGUCUCUGUAAUAUUGGGAUGAAUUUUACCAUGCCUCAAUUAAAUCCACGGUCAAAUGACGGUUGGACUUUGAUAAAACUGAAAAUAUUUUGUCAUGGUGUGCUGAUCAAACAUGCAAAGAUGCAUUUGUUGGGCUCUUUAAUCUGAGUUUUUUUGUGUACAUGUUAUAACGCUGUAUCAAGUUUAAUUGUACUGUAUAUACUGUAAUUUAAUUUCUGAUCUCAUUUAAUUCCUGACUUCAAAGAGUGACACUGUAAACAUUGAUGUAUAGAAAUGCAACCUAUUUUAAUACUUGUAACUCCUGAAAACCUUCUGUUUUGUAUGCACAGUAUAAAUUAAAGCUACGCUGUAGUGCUGAUGAUUGGAAUCAAA